GAUUUCGUGCGGGGUGACCUUUUGACAGAGUCGAAGUUGUGGGCGAGACGCACAUAUACGGCACGCGCGACUGGCGUUUUGCAGGCUUAUCGGCUCUUUUCGAAGCUAUCAAUCAGUGCUGCAACGCUACAUCGUCUAACGAGCAGCUCUGCAACAACUGCAGUGAGAGGCACCCUGCAGCGAGAGCACAGUGCUGUAAUGGCCGACCUCCCGCGCUUCGGCGAAGCAAGACAGGCCGGCGCCAAGGCCAAGUUCCUCCUUUUACAAAAUGCCGACGCGCCGUCUUUGUUAGCGAGCGCGAGAGCCGCGCUCGACCGGCUGAAAGCCGCGCACCCGCAGCUGGCGCCCCUACUCACGAAGCGCGGCGCCAAAUUAUUAGAUGAAAACGCCUUAGAUUUCGAGCGGGCCACGCUCGACGCAGAACAACGCAAAAAGCACGACGGCCGCGUGAACGCCUUCAUCCGGACGCUCGCGCCGUGCUGCGCGUCGCAAGACGGCCUUAUUAUUCUAGAAGCCCUCGUGCAGACGGGCGACGCUACAAGUUGCGCCGGCGACGCUCUGCUGCGCGCCCUGGCGCCGCACUGCCACGUGGCACCCGCGGCGAAGAUCGCCUUCAAAGCAGCAGCGACGGCCUCGCACGACUCAUUAGCGCAGCGCUGGCGCUGGGCCCGCGACAUAAGUACGGAGACGCAAAAUGUAGGAUUCGCGGCGCAUUGCGCGGCCGACACGGCGCUCGCCGAGGACCUCGCGGACAGCACCAUCGUUUCUGUAGUACAGGACUGUCGGGACGCUAUCUCAGAGGGCGGCGAUGCACAAGCCGUCUCCCUGAUAUAUGCCCCAAUCGUCGCCUUCGGCGCGGCUUGUUUGUCCACGGCUCUGGCGUCAUCUAGGUCAAAAAAGUUGGCAAGGCGUCUUUUACCCGUCCUGUCGAAGGUCUUCGACGACGAUGGUGACGUACAAGCGCGCCAGGCGGCGGCCGCGUGUUUACUCGCUGCCGCGACGCACGGCGCCCUGACGUCCUCGGCCAUCGACGCCGCCUCGAAAGCUAUUUUAUUGCGCGUCGACGCGGGUCCACGAGAAUUGGGUGUCGCUUUGACGCUGUGCGCGUCGAAGAAGGGCGACGACGGCAAGCUCCCCGACGGCGUGUUGCAGGCUUUUUUACAGACUGAACAAGCUUCUUCGAUCAUAAACGCGCUCGCUUCCGACAGAUUCAGCUGCGCGGCCAUGCUGGCGCCGCAAUUAGUACCUUUAGCUUGUGGCGGUUCUGACUUAGCCACGUCAUUAUUGGCUUCUUUUGAAGGACACGCGCCUCGGAUCGUCGCGGCGUUGGCACACGAGGCGCCAAGAGCAUCGAGGGACGCGUUGCUGGAGGAAUACGUGCGAAAAUGUGACCCUAAUGACGUGCCCGAUUCGUUAUUGGAAGGCGGCACGACGGCGUCGUUGAUAGCGUUGAGGUUGAGUCGAGGCCAGACCCACGCUCUCGACGACGCCGCGAAACUAGCCUCAGCUUCUGCCAGAGAUAUUGAUAGGGACGCGCCGCUGGCUUCUGCUCUCAUCAAAGCGCUCCCGGCCUCCCUGGACGCUAUAUCAUCACAUGAGAGCCUGCAGGACAUCCUCGUCGAUGCUGCGGACGCGGACGCCUCCUUGGUCGCCCACGCGUCGUCAAAGGCGGUGCGCGUGGUCUGUGCGCGGCGAUCUACCCGUCAUUUUCGCGCGGGCGACACGGAACGCGCCUUGGUCUGCGCCGAGGCCUGUCUCAGUGGCGAGGACGCUUCAGAAGUCAUGGAGGCCUGCGAGGCGCCGGCGCUCUUUUUAUGCGUCGCGCGCGGCGACGCCCAAGGUGCCGCGGGGUUCUUAGAUGAUCUUGCUUCGCAGUGUGCCUCGCGCCUGGCCGCUUGUACGGUCUGGGCCCCGGCCGUCGCCGCGUACCUCACAACAACUAAAGACGAGGCGACGGCGCGCCAUGCAAGUGCCGCUUUAUCGAAUGGAAGCGCGGACGAUUGUCUAGAGGCGGCGCUGCGCGUUCUUAGUAAGGAAGAAUCGAUACCGUUCUGCCUGGCGCGCCUCGAGGCCGAGAAAGCGACGCCAUUAACUGUGAUCGAGGUGUGCUUCGCGGACGCGACGGAGGCGGCCCGGGCCGCGGCAGGCGCAUGUAAAGGCCUGCGCGGCGCUUUAGAUUCGCUGUCCACGAUGGAUCAGACCGCGGCGGCGCCUUUAUUGGUGGGUCUGGCCCACGCCGACGCGCAGACGCGCCUGAGCGCAACUCACAAAGCCGUAGACUGCGCCCCGAUUUCAUCAUUAGUAAAAGGCCGCGAGGCGGCCAUCGCGGACGAUCGCGAGACGAUCCGGCGCGCCGUGGAAGCGGCACUAAAAAACGGUCAACUGGAGGAGAUUUUUGAUGCGGACAUGUUGAGUUGUUGGUCUCGUGACGAGGGCGACCGUCAAUUAGCGCUCGCUUUGCUCGAGGCGUUCGCUUCAUCAAUACCGUGGUCGGCGAGCGCGUCGACCGCUUUAGAUGCUGUACUCGGGACCGACGAAGCAAAGCCACCCGCCAAGAAGAAGCGCCGCUCGCUAACGAAUAGCCGGACCUCGCCCAAGAAAACACCAGUAGUGAAGACGACCCUUGGUUCUGAAAAAUGCGCCACUUAUCUAUUGGCGACGUUCCUGCAAGCCUGCUGUGAUAACGAGGUAGACGACGCUGAGAACGAUCGUGUUGAAGGGAGGUGCCUCGCGGCUUUAUCAAUGGAUUGCGCGGCAGUGGCCGUGCGUUUUCUGCCGCGACUGUCCCUUGGUGAUGGAGAGCGCUCGCGGUUAUUUGCCGCUCUAUUAGGUUUGUUGAAGCGCGACGACCUCCAAGUCAAAAGAACCGACGUCCAGGCCGCCUGCGCAUCAAUAGCCAAUAAAAAUGAUUGGCCGCGCGCGUGGGCGGCGGCUUUACGUAGGUCCGACGUCGCGGGUUUCUGCGGCGACGCCGACGCUUUGCUGGACGCGUCUUCAUCUCAAUCUUCCUGUCGACCGCUCUGCGCCGCGAUCAAGAGGCUCGCGCCCGCCGCGCCGCCGAAAAAACAAUACCUGCUGGAUCGCAUCGCAACUUCCAGCGGUUUUCAAGAGGGCAAAGAGGACACGUCGUUCACGCUGAAGCGCCUACUGAACGCGCUCGAGGACGCUUUGACUUCACAUGCGGACGUCGCGGGCGUCGGCGCCGCGGACGCGGACGUCUUGGCUCGCAUCGGCACGGACGACGCUUUGAGAGCGUUGGCGGCUCUGCUAGAACGGUGCGCCUGCGACGGCGCCUGGGAGGCCUGGCUGCAGGCCGCUCGAAAUGGCGACGCCGCGACGGCAUCGCGGAUCGCGCGGGCCGCGAUCCGAGGCUACGAGCGGCCACCUUUGUUAGUUGUCGCCGCGGCCUCAUCGGAUAACGACGACGACGGGGCUUUACUCGCAGCCUGCGCGUCUGCUUUAGAUGACGAGGGCGACGGGAAAGGCAUCGCGGCCGUCGUCCUAGGAUUACUGCAAAGGCAGCGCGACCGCGCCGCCGAGAACGUCUUGAGGAGGACCGACCGGGAAUCGCAAAUCGACGCGCUGGGGCAUCUUGCACGCUGUUCAAGACCAUUGGUCCAGGCCGCUCUCGACGACGAGUUCAUGGAAGAGGCGUGCCUGCCGCUCGUGAGGGUCCGGGACGUCUGCAACCGGAGAGGGGCUUCGUUGGCGCUGGCGGCGGUCGUCGCCGGGUUCUGUCGGCGGCGGGUCUUCGCCUUACAAAAAGAAACGCCCCACGUCGCAACGGGCAAGAAACGCCGUAGGAGACCGGGCCAGGGCAAGAAGAAGCCGCAAAUUGUCGAAUCGAACCCCCAGCAACAACGUAGAAGGUUGGCGCUCUGCCAGGCGCUCUCCGCAGCGUUGGCGUCAUUGCCUUAUGGCGUAUCACAGGAAGAAGCGCGCCCGCGGGCCUACUCGACCGCGUCGCGAUUGGAGGCCGAGGACCAGUCCCCCAUCGGUGGAGAUGAAUGUUCACAACAGUCCUUUGCGGCGUGUGCCCGGGCGUACGCGCGAGCCUUGCGACGAUCACUGGGCCUCGUCGACGCGCCGGGGUUAUUAUCCUUCUUGGAACGAGCGCUUUCAGUAAACCAGCCGCGGCACGUCCGCGAGGCCGCUCUAGAGGCCCUCGCGGAGCGGCUGGACGCCCAACCUCUCUAUGAUGAUCGGUCCGAGCCGUCGGCGCUAGCACGAGUGCUCCUCGAGGAAACUUUACCAAGGGUCGCCCAAGCCAUCAGGUCGGACGUCGACGAUGCGGACGAGGACUCGAAGCACGCGGCCGUCGUCGCGACGCGCUGUGCGGAUGUCCUAGCGAGAGCACUGGCGACGCCUUUGGCCCCGCCGAGCGCGAAAAGGGCGUUCACCUCGGUCCUGGAGUCGGCCUCAUUAGCUGCAGAGGCCAACGUCGACACGUCUGAAAGGUGCGCGGCCUGCUUCCGGCUGCUGCAGACGCUGUUUGCGACGCUGCGGGAGGCGUCGUUACCGGCGCUGCCCGCUGCUUUACCUAAGUUCGUGGCGGGCUGUGCAUCAGCUUUACGGAAACCUGGUCGAGUGCACGUUGAGUUGAGACGCGCGGCCUUAGAUGCCUUAGUCGUGCUCAGUGCGGCGGUGCCGCAGUUUCUACAUCCUCAUCUCGAUUCUAUAUUGGAUAUUGUGGUAGACGUCGAGGCGAAGCGGUCUUCGUCCCAGACGAGCGUGGACUUACUCGUACAGCCUGCUCUAGACUCGGACGACGAGGACGACCUCAAUGGGGAUGAAGCUAGAACUGCGCGUCGCGUCGCGCGGGCGCUUGCGUCCGGCGUCGAGCCGCGACUCCUCGUCCCCGCCUACGUAUCAUGUACAGGACGGGCCUGGGCUUCUUCGUCGGACGGCGCGCCGGCGGCGGCUUUAAGGCUCACGAAAGUCUGCGUGGACAAAUGUGGUAGAGGCGCGGCCAAGGCGCACGCGGCGCAAAUAGCGACUCUGGCUUUAGGGUCGCACGACGCCUGUUCAAGGUUGGACGAUAGAUCAAGUGUGGAAUCAGCCUGCGUCGAAUUAUCGCUCGCGCUCCUCGCGAAGCUGUCCGAGGGCGAGCUCGUCGAUUGGCUAAGGGCCGCGGAGCACUGGGCCGCGGCAGCACCGGACGGUAGUCUGCCGUCGAAGGACGGGUCGCUCGUCGCCGCACCUUCCGACGAGGAUGCCUCCGCGAGGCGUAAAGCCUACGCGGCGCUCCACCUGGCCACGCUCGCGAAACGGUUCCGCCAGCUCGCGGCGCCGCGCAUCGCCGACAGUUCCCUCGAAAGGCUGGCGCGCGACGUCCAGGGUGGUGCUGGCGACGCUUCGACGCAACGCCUGCUGGCAGCUAGGUCGGCAAGCGCGAUGGCCGAGGUCGUGGCUCACUUGCCCGAGAAACUCGACGCGGACCGCUGCGACUGUUGUGUGGAGGGCCUCGUCGCGGCGUUGACGCAUUCCGCAGACGUCUGGCCGGACCGCGCUUCGUUUUUACGUCACGCCUCGAAGGCUUUAUCACCAGCUUGUGCCGCGGUCGCCGAGCGCGUCCAGGACGUGCCCAAACGGCGCGACUUCGCGCUGAAGCUCAUGCUGCUCGCGCGCGACGGCACCGUCGGCACGCGGCGCGCGUCCCUGAACGCCGUGCGCGCCAUCUGCGACGCGUUGCGGGAGGACGUCGCCGACUUCGCCAAUCAAUUGGUGCAGGGCGUCGCCGAAGCCCUCGAUGAUGCCGAGACGGCGGCGGACGCGCGGGCCGUCGUCGUGCUCGUGGAGCAGCACACAGGGAUACGGUUGGUUUAAUACUCUUGUUUCGGUA